AUGGACUACUACAGGGAAAUCAGAGCUUGUACUUCCGGUGUACCGCUCACCACGGUGUUUCAGUCGUUUCCUGUGACGUCACGGAUUAGAUGCGCUGACGUCUGCUCGGAGACGAGCACGUGCAAGGCGUUCAGUAUGUCAACUGACGGGACGCGAACGUGCAGUCUGCACAGUGACCCACCAACUGUUGUGACGUGUCCAGCAGCUGAGAGACACUUCCAGAAAGUGACAGUGUCGCCAUGUUUAAAUAAGGGUGUAUACCAGAGUUCCACCGACACCUGUAAGUGUUUCUUUGGCUACACUGGAAGUCGCUGUGAAAAGAUAAUGCAAGACUGUACAGAAGGCUUCAUGUCCGGCCAUUAUGGCACACAGAGAGACGUGUUCUGGGUUUUCCCAAACCAGGCUCCGGUUCCUUUCAAAGUGGAGUGCUGGAUGGAAGACGGCGGCAAGACCGUCAUGCAACACCAAAAAAUCGGUGACGUCAGUUUUGCACGGUCGUGGGCCGAGUACAGGUCCGGAUUUGGCCAACUCCGCGGAGACCAUUGGCUGGGAAACGAUCACGUGUUUUACAUAACCAAUAACCGACCGCAGACACUGCUUAUUGCCGUGGUGAGCAGACAGUAUACGUAUAACGGCGACACGACAAUACGAUAUCACUACUACGACAGAUUUAAGAUAUCUGACGAAUCAAGCCAGUACCGUCUGACCUUCACCACCGAAAGUUCAAUAAACAGUCUGGGCGACUGUUUGACGGGUUUGAAAAACGCGCCUUUCUCCACUAGUGACGUCAACAACGCUGGCACGUGCGGCUCAGAUUUCAACGCUGGCUGGUGGUUCGUGGCAGGCGCGUGCUCCGUGUGCAAUCCCAAUGGCGUCCUGCGCAGAGAUCUCGACUACUGGUCAAAUGACGUUACACAUACACACUGGACACCCAUACCGUAUGACUUUGGAAUUCUCGAAAUUGGAAUGUUUCUUGUAGCUAGCCCGUGA